AUGCCUUCCAUCACUUCCAGCCUUCUCUGGUCUGUCGCCAGCCUGCUCCUGGUCUCCGGACCCCAGGUCGUUUCGGCUCACGGUGCCAUCAUCUCGGCCACCGGCGACGCCGGCGGCAACGGCAUGGCCCUGGGCAUCGACUCGAGCACGCCCCGUGACGGCACGCGCCGCAACCCCUUCCAGCAGGACAGCACGCGCUUCCGAGGCGCCUCGGCCGACACCUUCGGAGAGACGCUCGGCGGAGGAAGCAACCAGGUCGAGGCCGGCACGCGUGCCAUCAUGGCCGAGACCGGCGACCAGCUCCCGCAGGUCUCGGCCGGAGGCCAGGUCAAGAUGACCCUGCACCAGGUCAACGCCGACGGUGGCGGUCCUUACACUUGCAUGAUCAACGCCGACGCCACCGGCGCCGACUGGCAGGACAUCUCCGUCACGACUACCCCUCCCGGCAGGAACUCCCGCAACAGGAACGGCGCUGCGACCGACUUCCCCCUUACCGCUGCUGUCCCCGCCAACCAGCAAUGCUCAGGCACGGUGGCCGGCCAGAACAACGUCUGCCUCGUCCGAUGCCAGAACGCAGCUCGCGCAGGACCUUUUGGAGGCGUUGUCCCCGUGCAGAUGGCCAACACGACGACCGCGGCAGCCGCCCGACGCGCACUUGCGCAGACCAUCAAGCGGAGCGAGAUGCUUCUGGCCGCCAGGAAGAUCAACCUCGCGGGCCUUGAUGCAGAUGAGAUUGCCGAGCUGAAGGAGGAUGGAGACAUUUGA